AUAACGUCAUUCGUUCGUCGCCAUUUGCAACGCGACGGUCUGCGUGCAAAAGUUGAUCGGAAAAAGUUUCGCAAGUUUUUCGCAAGUGCCGUUCCAGAUACGGGUUCCUAGGCCUGUCUCCCCGCGCGUCGUACCCACCAGGUGAUCCAGCGCACCCGACGAAAAGCGCAGCGCUCAACCCGCGAACGAGCCGUUCUGGUCCGUAAUUCAGGCACUCCCCUCCACUUCGUAACCCACAGAAGCAGCAGCAGGAAGAAAAUCACAUUGGAAGAUUUUCUUUUUUCUCGUCGAAGGUGUACAAUCAUGGCCAACUAAAAAGAUGUCUACAACACGCAAAGUGUCAUCCGUCAGCAGCAGCUCCAUCGCUCCGUUCUGUGGAGGAAAAGUGCUUCGUCGCCGUCGUAGGUCCGAGCCGGAACUGGCAAUCGAUAGCCAGUCGGACUCCGCCUCCGUCUACUGCCACCACUCCUCUAUUGUUUCUUCUUUUGACCUAGUUUUAAGCAUCGUCAACAGCUCCACCAAUGGAGAAAAAUCAUCGCUUUGCGAAUCAGUCCCUGUCCAAGGGGCAGACUUCUGAUUCCAAGAAAAAUCAAGAUAUCUCAACCAAGUGGCCACGCAACUCCAAGAGACGUGAACAAACUAAUUCUAGUGGUUAUAAACCGGAAAAUCUAAGAACUACCAGCACCAAAGCAACACCAGCCGGGAAGACACGCGCCCAAACCAACUUCAACUAUGACAAGCGCUCGAAGCAGCGCCCGGAAGCAGCUGCCCCGCUGUUUCCGGAGGCUUCAGCUUCGGCACUUGACACAACUAAUUCAUACGACGACCAUUACGAGGGAACCGGACUAGCGUCGCACGAUGGCAGUGACUUUGGCACUGGAAGGCAUGAACUACACUCGGUGUUCUCACCUGGUUCGAAGAAACAAAGUUUGAACCAUUUGUUGAACUUCCAUUACACGCCCCGUGAACGGGAUCAACCGGUUCGGUUCAGCAAGACGGGCAAUAAUCGCAGCUACGUGAAAAAGAUCACCUACAACAAGGAACAGUACUUGCAGGCAAAUUGCCAAUUCGUCGUCCGUGCCGGAGAAGAUUAUACUCCGGUUCUAGCAUCGCCCGAUAACCUGGUGGAUUGGGCCAAAAUUGAGCAAGUCCACAUCUUUAGCUCCGAAGAGCCUCAAUGUCCGAUUUGCUUGUAUCCACCAGUUGCGGCCAAAAUGACCAAAUGUGGUCAUAUUUACUGCUGGCCGUGUAUUUUGCACUAUCUGGCACUGUCGGAUAAGGCGUGGCGCAAAUGUCCUAUUUGCUACGAUGCGAUUCAUGUUCCUGAUUUGAGAAGCUGUGUUCUAAAACCGUUCCACUCGUACACCGUUGGAGAAGCUGUCACUUUUCAGCUGAUGCGUCGCGAAAAGACCUUAUUGAUUGCCGAAAUUGCUUCCGAAGCUGGCCGGAAAAGCUUCGAUGUUCCAUUGUUCAAUCCCAGCUUGGGUAGAACCAUCCUUACGAAGCUGCUCUUGGCAGGUCCGGCGGAAAUUCUGGCCAUCAUUGAACGUGAACAGCAAGAGCUGGAAAAUCAAAUUGUCGUCGAUGGCAUCGAUUGUCCGGAGAACAUUUUCGUACAGCAAGCGCUGGAACAGCUGAAGGAUCGCAGAGAGAAGGCGCAGCAUGUCAGAGAAGUGCCUACCGCUGUGAAGCAAGAAAACGCCCGCAUGAGUGAAUCCUCUUCGGAGGAAGCAUCAGGAUUUUCAAUUGAAGGAAUCACAGAGUGCGCACAGGAAGAGGAAACAACUACUAUCGAUCAAUCCACCUGUGCUGUCGACUUUAUGAUUGAUGAGGACAACAACUUUACUCUCAGCGACAUUGACAUUGUUCCAACAUCGACGUGCGCUUCAUCGGAUUACUUUUACUUCUAUCAAUCCGCCGACGGCCAGCCGCUGUAUUUGCAUUCGAUGAACACACGCAUGCUGCAGGCCAUGUACGGAGGCUUGGACAAGAGCCCCCAGAUAAUCACCGGCAAGAUUGUCCACAAAGAUAGCAGCUCCAUGUCGGAGGCUCUACGAAAGCGGUUGAAAUAUCUCCAACAUUUGCCAAUUUGUACUCAGUUUGAGGUAGUUGAGAUCGAGUUUAAGCAGGGAGUCAUCUCGCCGGAAGUGUUGGCUCAGUUCAAAGAUGAAAUAAACGGUCGUCGCAAAGAUCGCCAAAAGAGAGCUCGUGCUGAACGCAUUCGAGAACGGCAAAUUUUCGAAUUCAAUGAACGCCAGUUGGGAAAAUCUUUGGCACGGUCUGCCAAAAUCAACAUCGAUUCCAACAAACAUUUUCCUACGUGUGGAAAUGAAUCGUUCGAUUUCAGUCAUGAGCCCUCUCUUUGUACAAGUCCAUCAGUCAGUGAUGCUUCAGCUUCUCCGUGUCCAUCAGGUCCAUCAUGGUCAAAGAUGCUAUCCACUUCGCCUGCCGCAUCCCGUUGGCCAUCGCUUCCAUCGGGCGGAUCGGUAAAUGUGUUUGGACCGUUGGCGGCGCCGCCACCUAAGAUGAUCCAAGUGACUGGUUCAAAGAUGAGCAGUGCAACGCCUUCCCUGAACAAGCACCGUUUCACAUCGGAAAGCGACGCUGAGGACUACGACGACAUUCAGGAAGCGCGUGCACCCGAACCGAGAAACAAUUUGGCAUCUGCCAUUGAGGCAGCACUGGAGAAGGUAUCGCUGAAUAACGAACUUGCCGUACUGGAGGCCGGAGGAAUUCGGAAACAAAAGGGAAGUGCCGUUCCCAACAACGGCGGAACGAAAAAGAAGAAGAACAAGAAAACUGUGUUGUUUGCUUCCGGUAUGAAUUUGAAUUAGUUUUCAAUUGAUUUUCUUUCUGAUGGCUACCUAAAUUAAAUCAAAGUUCAUUUUAAGAAAAACUGUUACAUAAAUGUAAAAACAAUAUCUGUACUGUUGUAAUUCGUUCUCUGUAGUUUUAAUUUUGGGUCUUGUUACUACAUAUAUUUUACAGCAUUCAAAAUGUAUCCUAACCAACGUUAAUUUAGUAAAUUUAUUAUCCGGCAAGUAGAAAAA